ACAGGACUAAUGCUAGUUAGCGCGAUGCUAGUGCGUCGCGUGUGUUUUUGAGGAAGUUCAUUCAUGAGGCUGCUGUGAGAGAAGUUUCACCACCGGUCCGGUGAGGAGGAGGAAGUCUACCGUCUGCCCGCUGACAGGAUGUUACUAAAAGUGCUACUGGGCCUCCUGUGUGGCGUCACAGCCUCAGUCGCAGGCGGCGACGAGGCUCAGCAGGGCCCUCUGCCAUUGCUGAUGGUGUCCUUCGACGGUUUCCGGGCAGACUACCUGCAGAGGUUCCCCAUGCCGAACCUGAAGCUCCUGUACAGCCAGGGGGUCCUGGUGGAGCAGCUCACCAACGUCUUCAUCACCAAGACCUUUCCCAACCACUACACCCUGGUGACAGGGCUGUACGCUGAGUCCCACGGUAUCGUGGCCAGUAACAUGUACGACCCCGUCAGCCACAAGCACUUCCACGCCGGCCAAGACCAGGACCCGAUGUGGUGGAGCAAAGCGCAGCCCCUGUGGAUCACGGCGCUGGACUCUGGCUACAAGACGGCGGCCAUGAUGUGGCCCGGCUCCGACGUGCUCAUCAGCAGCCGCACACCGACACACUUCCUGCCCUAUGACUUUAACGUGACGUUCCGGCAGCGGAUAGGGAACGUGACAAAGUGGCUGCUGGGAAAUGAAAAGGAGCCGGGAGUGAAGUUCGCCGCUCUCUACUGGGAGGAGCCGGACAGGUCGGGCCACAAAUACGGCCCAGAAAACACCGCCGUCAUGACCAAAGUGCUGAAAGAGGUUGACGACAACAUCGGCCUGCUGGUGUCGAAGCUGAAGUACAAUGGCCUCUGGGGUCGCAUCAACGUCAUAAUAACCAGCGACCACGGAAUGGCUCAGCUGUCGACCGAGCGCCUCAUACGGCUGGACGACUGCAUCCACCCUGACGACUACACGCUGGUGGACAGCUCGCCCGUCGCAGCCCUCAUCCCACAUAAAGAUCCAAAGACACUCUUCACUCUGCUGAGAACGUGCCACGCCCACAUGACAGCAUAUCUGAAGUCGGACAUCCCUGAUAGGCUGCACUACCGGAACAACGAACGUAUCCAGCCAAUCAUCCUGGUUGCUGAUGAGGGCUGGAGCAUAGUGCAGCGGGGGAACACGCUGUCGAGAAUGGGCGAUCACGGCUAUGACAACACCCUACCCAGCAUGCACCCCUUCAUGGCAGCGGCGGGGCCCAGCUUCCGUGAAGGUUAUCGAAUCAGCAAUUUAAAGAGCGUGGACAUUUACCCUCUCAUGUGCCAUCUGCUGUCGGUGCCACCACAGCCCAACAACGGCAGCCUGAGCCAGGCUCGCUGCCUCCUGGCAGCUGAGGCCUGCGGGGACCUCACCCUGGUGAUCAGCCUGGUGCUGGGCAUCUUACUGGUACUCGCCACAAUCAUCCUACUUUUCAGGUGGCGGCGAAACUACCGGCAGUCACGCUCCCAACCUUUCCAGAGGCUGCAGGUGGACGACGAUGAAGAACCCCUGUUUGAGUAAACCAGUCAGACCCGAGCGUCACAGACUGAUCUGCGUCACCUAUUUGAGCUCCAAUAGGUACUUUCACUUAACCCACUCAGGCCGCCGCCCUAGAUUUCACCAGGCAUGGGUGCACAGCAUGCAUGUGCAUACACAAACGUGCAGUAGAAGGAGCUGCUGUUUAUAAAGCCUUCAGGCCAACAGACCCACCGGCUGUAUUCAGAAAGCUUCCAUGUACACAGAGGUGUUACUACUGAUGAAUUUCAAAGAAUUUAUCCAUUCACCUUUAAACUACAAACCACAUGUAUUCUCCCACAGCUGUGUCUUUGCCUGCACUGUAACAGAGGCAUUUUAAUGGUUUUGCGCCCGUCAACUAAUUGAGCAAACAGUUACUGGUCAUCUGUCAAUAAACAAAGCCAAAAUAUCCCAAGCACAGAUGCUUUAAUUACCUUUAAUUUCAAAUAGAUUAAGUAUUAAAAUAACCAGCAAAUGAAUAAAACGAGUGUCAGCACUUGUAGCCCUGUUUGCAAAAUUACUACUAAAAGUAGUAAUUUUAGGCUAGUACUACCUUAGUACUACUUUUAGGCCACUUUUAAAUGGGCUAUUCCUGAUUAAUUUAUAGUUAAAAUAGCCUAUUCAUAAUCACGUCAUGUCUUAAAGGAGACUAAACUUUAUGAUUAGGCUUAUUGAUAUCACGCCCAUUCCGUCCAAGAGAUAUUUAUAUAUUUGAUGUAUAUGUUUCAUGUGAUUGUUUAUUUUUACAUAUUUUGGAUCAGAACUUUUUUAAAGAGUAGGUCACAACAAACCAGCAAGUUCUGAGUUUCCACGACUCCUUACUAGAAAUCCUUCUGAGGGGAUGUUUGUGCGUACGCCCCCAGAUGUGAGGUUGUACAAACAGCUGUAGGAAAUAAUAGCGAAUAGUAGUGGUGGUUAUUUAAUUCUUCAUAAUGUUACUGGUCUCUCGUAAAACAAUCAUUUUACGAGAGACUUGAACCUGUGACGAGAAAACCAGUGGUGUUCUGAGGAAAACUCUUUUUAGAUUUUAUAGAUGCUACUGAUUUAAGAUAUUUAUUUAAUAUAUUUCUGCGGGAACUGAAGGAAACUUCAUUUUAUGAGAUUUUUGUAUGUAUAGUGUUUAGUGUAGUUUAGCUUUUUUGUCAGAAGAGGGAGCCAGUUACAAAUGUUUCUUGUGCAAUGAGAAAACCCUUACUGAUGUAGAAAUUCUUAUGAUUGUGUUCAUUUAUAUUUUAUUUUGAACUGUUACUGUUUUGUGUUCCUAUUUUUUAUUAAAUUAUAGUAUAUUAGGUAGAAAUCACGUUUGCAGUACUUGAUGAUAAAAGUAUUUCUUAUUAUUAUGUACAAACUUAAUUAAAAGAGAAAUACAAAUACACUGUUCACUCACUUCUGCUCAAAUCUGCAGUGACCAGAUGUUUUUAGGACAUUACUUUGUGUUUUUGUUUUUGACUUGUAUGUCGGAGUGUUAGGCCAAAUUAAAGGGAAAUAAAAUAAGAAUAAAGUAAAACUUUUAAUAUCAACUUGAGCCGGAGCGCUGCAGAGAGACCAAAAAAUACACUAACACAUUGUUGGUUUUGGUCUUUUUAUAGGAUUUGUUGACAACAGCCACACUACAGAACGUCACAUGCAGUGUGUUCAGGGUUUUUUUUGUGUGUGUGUGUGUGUGUGUGUGUGUGUGUGUGUGUGUGUGUGUGUGUGUGUGUGUGUGUGUGUGUGUGUGUGUGUGUGUGUGUGUGUGUGUGUGUGUGUGUGUGUGUGUGUGUGUGUAAAAAAGUGCAUCAUUCAACUGAAACUAAGGGGAAAAAGUCCACAUCCAAACUCUUGCCAUGUUAUAUUGUUACUCAGUUUUACACCUCAAUAGUCAAAAAGAGGCUUUGAGUCUCAAAAUAAUCAUAUUUAUCAUGUUGGAUCAUUAAAGUUACUGUUUCCUGGGUUGAGAUGUGUACUGAACUAUGCAAUUUCAAAUAAAUCUCAUCGAAAGUC